UUAGCACGAUGCAAUGGAAAAUAAUAUUAGGCCUACAAAGGUCGGACCUGGCUCUUCAUUCGACAAUAGAAAUUGUCUCAUCAAGCAAAACAUCAACGAUUAUCGGAUGUGCUUGUUUACAUUCUACCAAAUCAUGUUGUUUAUUAAAGCUACUGCUUUUAGUUCCGCCAGAGCUUUUCGUAAGAGCUUCUGGUACCUGAGCAACAGCAGCAGCGUCGUCUGUAAGCAGCUACAACGAUCAACAAUGUGUCGAUCAGAUCGAACGCUCGUAGGCCUGAGUUCAAUCGGAUUUGGAAGGGAGUCACCAAGGAGAUUCGCUGUUCCAUCCUUUAAUUGGGGUUGGCAGCCUGCGUCGUACAUUAUCUAUCGAUGCCUGAUCGCUUUAUACCAGUUAGUGUGGCUGGUGUUGGUACUGAAAGAAUGGGGCACAGAACCUCACUACCGCAUUGCCGAUACAAAAUGGAAGUGGUUUAUUUAUAUAUCCAAUUGGAGUUACCUGUUGCUAACGAUGUAUUUCAUCAUUGCUGCUAUCGCAGUCAUAAUUUAUCAUAAAUAUCGGUCAAAAGAAGUAGAUAACAACAUGAAACUUGUUGAAGGAGGCAUGCAAAGCGACCACAACACAACCCCGGCCCAAACCCUACCGUUCUACUUUUCGUUGACGUGGCUCUUACAAGUGGUGGCCUUCAGUGCUGCUGUGACUGUGACGCUUCUCUUUUGGGUGCUAGUCUACGAUCCCGCGGUAGACACUGUCCAUACUUACGUAGUACAUGUCCACGGCGUCAAUACGCUCCUCGUUCUCAUUGACGUGUUUGCCGUUGCAAACCCAUACCGUCUUAUUCACUUUAUUUAUCCUUCCAUUUAUGCUUCGAUUUACUUUAUUUUUACCGCUAUUUAUUGGGCUGCCGGCGGCCUCAAUGAACAUGGAGAUUCUUAUAUCUAUAAAGGUAAUCUAGAUUGGGAAAAUGAUCCCAGAAGGUCUGUAAUUACCGCCCUUCUUGCUGUGUGUCUAGGGGCUCCUGCUGUACAUAUUCUGCUGUGUUUGCUCUUUAGAAUUAAGAAUUUGGUAUUUAUACGGUGCUGUACAUCGGGUCAGUUUAUUUAGAUUUACAUUACUAUAUUCUUAUUUCUUGCUAUCGUUUGUUACAUAGCAAAAUUUUGAGUGAUCAUAUAGUGUUUUGAAACGAUACUAAAUUUUGAAAUUAGAAAGUUUUGUUGUUGCGUAAUUAUGCACAACUCUUCUUACGAUGUGUUCCGGACGUGAUAGGACCUACCCAACGAUUUCUGUGUGCCAAUAAUAACGUAGGAAAGUUAACCAAUUUGCAUACGGCUUCUGGCGACAUACGAUGCGAUUAAUAUAUGUAAAUAUUUAUAUAUUUUUUAAUUAAAUAUAUAUAUUUAUUUAUGAUUUUUUUUUAAAGAGAGGUAAAAUGGAAUAUUCUAUGGGCCUACAAGAUGUUUAACGUGCAUUAGGAAUGUCAUAGACCUAUGUCUCUAAAUAAGUAAACAGCGUACCUGGCACUUGGUACAAUUAUUUUAAAAA